UCACAGAGCAAAACCACUGUCUGCUCAUUGGUAUCCAAUAUUGGUACUCAAUUCUGCUUAGUCUCACUUGAUUCCAGAAGAUACAGUAGAGAAUUACACAGAAUCACCACCUACCAGAGUGCUCUGUUGAAGCAAUAUGAGAACUUUGUUCUUGAGUUACAGCAGUCAUUUGGUGAGCCCACAAAACAGGAAAUGAACCCCUUGAUGAAUGCUAAGGUUGACAAAAGGGACAACUUCUCUCAGCAGGAUGCCACUACUUUCCAGCUCCUUGCUCAAAAUCUGAGAUAUAAUGAAACCAAUCAGAGUGAUCACUUCCAAGAGGAACUAGCUGACUCCAUUCAGGCUGAAGUAAAUGGCACAGAUCUGAUGGACAAUCUCCCAGACCUUAUCACUCAGUGUAUUCAGUUGGAUAAGCAACGUAGUGACAGGCCAGAGCUCCUGCAGCCAGAGGCCCAGAUCCCAGUGUUGGCUUCCCUGAUCUCCAACCCCACAGGUCCACCACCCAAGGAAGACCCUAUACAGCUUCGAGGAAGCCAGCUGCCUCUUACUCCAGCCAAACGAGCCCGCCAGCAAGAAACUCAGUCAUGCCUCUACUGCAGCCAGGCUGGUCACUUCACAAGAGAUUGCCUUGCCAAACGUUCUCGAGCCCCAGCAAGGAUAAAUAACCCAGCUCACCAGUAAGAGGAGCCCAGGCAGGUCACAUUGUAAACUUAUACCCCUCUCACCUCCAGCCUCAUUGAUUUAUAUCCUGCAUUAACAUUUAAAAUACAGAUGGGGAACUGGGAUACCACUUUACAGUCAUGAACUCCUAGGCUUCUGAGAAUUUAAACAACCAGAUCUUGUUCAUUUGGUGACCCAUCACCAAACUUGAUAAAGCAAUGAUGAAAACAAUUCCCAGGCACUUUAUACAGUUGGGACUAAUUUCCCAAGUGUACUGAAAGCCUGCAGGAAAAACUCUGCCCAGUCUGACCAGUGGAAACCACCCUGGAAAUACAUUGGGAACUCCAUCCCCACCGAUAGGUGAUAGAUACCUGGGUUGAGUUUGUUGGCCCAAGGCCUUCACCCUUACUCUCAUUGGUCUGUAUCCUAGUCCCCUGUUGGUUUAGGACUCUUGGCUGAAGUCCCAGUUGCAUUUCCAUAUCCUACCAACAUUUUCCUACUAGAGGCUGAAUCCUGCUCCACCUACUGACUAGAGUCCAGCUUAACACAAACCAACCUUCAUGGAAACACAGCUAUGCCACCUUUUCAUACAGCUAUAUAUUUUGCUACUAUUUAAAGACUGCUGCUUGCUCAAAAGUAAUCUCUUGGCUAUUGACAAACUAGAUGGUAUGGCCCUUUGAGCAGUCUGCUUGGAACUUUGGGUCCACUUCUUUGAGAGUUAGCCCUUCAGGCAGGUAUAUGUUUUUAGCCAAGCCCUAGCUUUUCUCCAACAACCUACUUCAGGUUCCAGCAUGCCUUAUGGCCAAGUCAAAAUGCUCUAGGAUAAUGACCUCUAACAAGUAUUUAGUGUGUCCCAUCAUAAUUACUGUGUCUGAAGCAUGUCCCUGCUGCCUUAGACAGGGAACCUGGCUAACUAAAUCUCCACUGAAGACUGAGGAUCAGGCCCUUCAGUAGUUUCUGACUCUAGAGGCCUCAGUGUGGUCACCAUCUAGGAUCACUGCUCAUUGAUGCUAAGCUCUACCCUUAUGGACCACCUCUGGGGACCUUCAUCUAGUUGAGGCUCUUGAAGAGCAAUUAAUGGCAGACAAUUUUCUGAACCAUCUCACAUUUCAAAUCCUGAGGCAUAUACAUCAACACCAUCUGUACAUAAAACUCACGAAAUGGGGGUAUGAUUGCUUGUGUUGUACUUUUGGCAUACAUUAACUCUGUGUAUGGAUUCCUAAUGCUUCUGAGCAAAAGUAGUGCUAUGCUGAAAAGGUAAAAAUCCCUAAAAUGUUAAGGAUAUGCAGUGAUAAUUGGUGUUUUCCGGUAAUUACCUGCUCUUUGUUCCCUGCUUCUUAGGGCUGAUGUAUGUCCCCAUAAUGGAUUUCCUGAAGUAAAAUCAGUAAUUCCAUAUUUCCUAGCAGCCAUCAAGGCCUUUCAGAACACGAAGCGCCACUGUAGUUUGGCCUGGAGAAUUAUGCUUUGACAAUACCUAAACUCAGCUAGGACCUUAUUACUCUUAUCCUAUAGCACUAACAAACAGAUAUCUUUUCACCCAUCAGUGCCUCACUAACCACUGUGCUAAUUCUUAUUUGUAUUCGCGAGGAGUCUCCUUUAUUAACAGCUUGCUAUACAUCCACCUUACUCCAUAUGCUCUGACAACUAGGAGACCUGAAUGCACAUAUUUCAAUUGUGGUAAGAAAUUCCCACUAGUGUACUGGGAUUGCAUGAGAUCCUCUAACGGAUCUCUAUUUGAACUUUAAGUGACUCUGGUAUUACCUGCAGGUAUCCUGAUCUAGUACCACCAAUUCUAUAAUAAAGGACUAACCCAAUGGCCUCCGGUCACUUUCCUUACGAACACCAAUAUCGUCCUGGAAUGUUGACAGGAGCAUUCAGUUGGCUUAAUCACCAAUCUUUCUUUAUCUUAGGGCCACAAUUUAUCAUUGCGUACUCCUUAUGCAUAUGUACUUUUUACAUAUAAAGAUAUGUCACUUUAUUUUCUGCAGAGGACUUUCCCUCUGCAGCAACAUUACCUUCUUCCCCAAGAAAUCUUCAGAUUCCAUAGCCUCUCAGAACAGAUCAUUAAUCCUGGGCUAUGUAGUUCAGUUCACCUCCUACUUCUAGAAGCUCCUUGUUGAGAAAUUCCAAAUCAAGGGCCUCUUGUGCUCUAUGUGAUACAAUCCAACAGCCAGGCUGACCAUAUGAAUAGGAUGCUGGGAUAAUGCUUUACUGCCUACUAGCUAGCAACCAUUUUGUUUACCACUUUAAAAUAUUGUUAUAGUGAUACCAUCCACUUCAAUUGGAAUGAAUUAAUUACUAAGCAUAAAGAGAGUUACAUGGAUGAGUCCUCAGAACUUACACCUAAGUGAAUUUCUCUGAGAGUGAAACUAAUUAAAAUCUACAGAGAACAAAUGAGAUGUACCCUACUCAAAGAUGUAGUCUGCAGUUGCAAAGGCUUGGGGAACCCCCAGGUAUAACCAAGGUUGUAGUUUUAGGGAGGCAGAUCUGCUACAUGAUUGAUGCCACCAAGCAAGAGGGAAUUUAAUCAUUUUACAAGUCUGAAGAACGAAUUGUUAACAAAAGAAUGAUUUGCAUGGAAUCUAGAAAAGGGGGCAAUUAAAGAGCCGUAAGGCAUCAGUAAUCUCCCUAGAGUCAGAGAGGGGAUUUUGAUCAGCAGACCCUGCCAGGGUCUACCUGCAAUGGGAUAGAGGCACCAGGCCAUCCCAAUUUGUGUCAUUAGCCAUUAAGAUUGUCACCUAACUCCCCUUGCUCUGACUCCAUGCUCUAAGAAAUAAUCUGAUUUUAAUUACUCUCCCAUAUAAACUUUGUUAUGGGAAGAAAAUUUGCUAACCAGCUGACAUGAAGUGUUCUAGCCUACUUGGCA